CUGUAGAUUCCGCAAUUUCUUGAUUCUAGACGCAUCCAUCGUCAUAUCUGACGUACCCAUACGAUGAAAUCUAUCACGAUUCCCCUCACGCUUCUUGCCCUUCUAAGCGUGUCGGCUGGGCAGCCCCGGCAUCAACAUGCCCAUCAUCACAAGGCAAACAGGGAUUUUAUUCCAAAAGGGGGUAAAAUAACCAUCACUGGUACCGCCUACAGCACAACGACUGAGAUCCCUGAAGUCGUGGUCUAUGUAGACCAAAACAACAAGCCAAUUCAUACCACUACAGAGACGGUUGUCUAUAUCCCCGCUCCCGCGUCGACAGAGACGCGUAAGUUACCGGCUCCAUCUACGUCGACAGUUAUUGCUCCCCCUGCGCCUACGAAGGCUAUGUCAUCAGGGGCAUAUACUCCGCCAGCGUCAUCUACGUCGGCUUCGUCUACAUCCGCUUCGUCAACUUCAAAACACAUUUCAACCUUUGAACCGAUCCCAUCCCCCAGAUCGUCUCGAGCGACCCCAACGCCAUCAGUGUCCUUUGUGCCAUCUUCUGUGCCAUCUUCUGUGCCGUCCUUUCCUCCGCCUCCCCCUAUUUCUAGUGGGAGCGCUCUUCAUGGUGUCACUUAUUCUCCUUACAAGGGCAGCGGGGGCUGUAAGUCGGCGAGCGAGGUCGACGCGGAUUUCGCGCUCAUAGCUAAGGAUUACGGUGUAAUGCGUCUGUAUGGCGUCGACUGCAAUCAGAUAGCGACAGCAUACGCCGCCGCUAAGAAAUACGGCAACAAGCUCUUCCUAGGCAUCUAUGAUAUCAAUUCUGUAGAACAAUCAGUCUCUGCUAUGGCUGCCGGCGUUAAACACGAUUGGAGUAUUGUCGACACCGUCUCGGUCGGCAACGAACUGGUCAACAACGGCGGAGCAACCGUGGACCAGUCGCUUGGCGCAUUGAGCCAGGCACGAUCUGCACUAAGGGCCGCCGGAUACCAAGGCCCCGUCGUGGUCGUAGACACGUUCGUUGCUAUGUUGUCUCACCCCGAACUUUGCGACCAGUCAGACUACUGUGCCGUCAACGUCCACCCCUUCUUCGAUCCGAAUACAGGACCACACCAAGCAGGCUCGUUCAUUACUUCUACCGUCAGUAAGAUUCGUAGCAAGCUAUCUGACUCGAGCAAGCGAAUUGUCGUUACCGAGACGGGGUGGCCUUGGCAAGGAGAGGCAAAUGGCGCGGCCGUACCUGGCAUGGGUCAGCAGUCGACCGCGCUCUCGUCUAUCAAGAACGCGUACUCGGACAACGCGAGAGACUUGAUACUUUUUACGGCCUUCAACGACAUGUGGAAGAGGCCUGAAUCGGGAACAUUUAUGGCUGAACAGUUCUGGGGUAUGGGAGGACGGUAUUCGCCUAGCGACGUGUAGGACGGCUAGAGUGACUAAAACGGAGGCAUGGUCUUUAAGCGGGCCACUUACGAAUUAAUGAGGUCAGGGAUAUGCAUGGAAACAGUUGGUUGAGGCGAUGAAGACAACGAUGAUUGCGGAAGCUAGUUAGCUAAAGGAAAGCCCGGGAUGGAGAUGUGUACGAUUUUGAC